CUAACGCUCAUGUACACUUGGUGUCUCCUCAACCCUGUUAACAAUUCUGUCUGGAACACCAGGAGGGAGGAUUAUCAGUGAACAAACCCCCAUGAUGGUUAUAGGUUUGUGAGCUGGGACCUCGUCAGCCAGGACUUCUUGUGAACUCUCCACCAAGCGAUGAGCUCGUCCUCGUCGUCCCCGACCCUGCAGAUUGCUAAGGGCAUGGAUCAGGAUGUGGCGUCACCAGUCUUUCCUUCUCUCUACCCUGCGUCUCUGGCGAUGGACCGAGGAGCCGUGUGUAUCCCUUCGCCUUACGCAGAUAACGGCCAUGCCGAUUCAUACUUUUGUGCGCCGCCCGUGCCCGAGAACCCAGGCAUGGUGCCUCCUCUCAGCCCGUCACUCUUCUGGUCCUCACACAAUACUCACGCCAUGCCUGCUCUGUCCCUGCAUUGCCCGCCCGCGAUGUCGUACGGCGAGCCACAGAUACACACCGCCUGGGUCGACACCAAGCCGCACACCACCAGCCGAAACAGCUCUUAUUUAUCUCAUACAAAGUUGUUUGGGAAGCAGCUGGGAGACGGUGAUGAAGCCCCGAGUGCCUCUUCUUCAUCAUCGGGCGCAGGGGCCAAAGGCGACAUGCACUUCUGUGUUGUGUGUCACGACUACGCGUCAGGCUAUCACUACGGCGUCUGGUCCUGUGAGGGCUGCAAGGCGUUCUUUAAGAGGAGCAUUCAAGGACACAAUGACUACAUCUGUCCAGCCACCAACCAAUGCACGAUCGACAAGAACCGCCGGAAGAGCUGCCAGGCGUGCCGUCUACGCAAGUGCUACGAAGUGGGCAUGAUGAAGUGCGGAGCACGGCGUGAGCGGUGUGGGUACAGAGGCUUCCGCCAUCGCCGCGCUGCCCAGACCAACGACAGCCAGGCCAGGCUUGUGGGAGUCAGAGCUCACGCACAGAGACACCCUCACACCCCGCUCCAUCUCUCGCUUUCUCUCCCGGACCCCAGGGUGCCAGCGGAGCGUGUGUUUUCGGGUUUGUCCCCCGAGCAGCUGGUACACUGCAUCCUAGAGGCGGAGCCGCCGCAGAUCUACCUGAGGCAACAGAUAAAGAAGCCAUACACAGAGAGCACGGUGAUGAUGUCACUCACUCAGCUUGCUGACAAGGAGCUCGUCCUCAUGAUCACCUGGGCCAAGAAGAUCCCAGGUUUCGUGGAGCUGAGCUUGGCCCAUCAGGUGCAGCUGUUGGAGUGCUGCUGGUUGGAGGUGCUCAUGCUGGGCCUGAUGUGGAGGUCCAUUGAUCAUCCUGGGAAACUCAUCUUUACUCCUGACCUCAAACUAAACAGGGAGGAAGGUAGCUGUGUCGAGGGGAUCAUGGAGAUCUUUGACAUGCUCCUGGCCGGUUCCUCCAGGCUCAGAGAACUGAAGCUGCAGAAGGAGGAGUACGUCUGCCUUAAAGCGCUCAUCCUGCUCAACUCCAACAUGACUGUGUCGGAGUGUGAGAAGGACCUGGAGAGCAGGACGAAGCUGCUGCGGCUGCUCGACGCAGUAACGGACGCGCUGGUGUGGGCCAUCUCACAAACCGGUUUAUCCAUGCAGCAGCAGUCCGUUCGUCUCGCUCACCUGCUCAUGCUGCUCUCACACAUCCGACAUCUCAGGUACUGCAAAUCCUCCCGUUACAGCUCCACCGGUCUGAGAGCUGACCCUUUUAUCAGUAACAAAGGCAUGGAGCACCUUUCCAGUAUGAAGCGUAAGAACGUCGUCCUGCUGUAUGACCUGCUUCUGGAGAUGCUCGACGCCAACACCGCUCACAGCCGCCGCGUACCCGCUGGGGCACACCCCGAUCUCGCCGCUCGAGAGACCACGCCGAACAUGUGUGAUGAUCACGGGGUCACGACAUCACCGAACACACACACGCCUCCUCAGCUGCACAGUCCCGUCUCUUAUCAACUCACACAGGUGAAGGAGUCACAGUGCAGCAAGGAGUGAGUGCUGUCCCAGUCUCUCUCUCUCUCACAGACACACACACACAGGAAUGUCCCUCUGGCUACCAAAUUUCUUCUCGUUUGACAGUUGAAGACAAGUUUGCUGGACCAGCCCCACCCAGACUAGGUGACCCAGAAUGCAUUGCAGCUCAUAUGCUUCUUUAUUUCCUUCUCUCUCUUUUUUUUAUCAAUAUGGUGAAAUUUAAUGUACUUGUAUUUUCCAGACUAUAAGAUAAAAAGAUUUUACAUUUUUAACAUC